GACCGCCGUGUGGGGAGAAACCCGGUGUGCGUGAGGCCCGUUCCCCCCUGGCAGAGAGGCAUCGGCGAGUUCCUGCAGCUGCCGGAGAAAGAGAACCGGGAGCCCAGCGGGGAGGCCGCAGGGAGCAGCGGCCUGGCGCCGGCCAAAAA